UAGUCCCAGAGGCGCUGUAAGGGUACAAAUUCUCUGUUUGUUCACGAAAAUAAAAGAAAACUGUGCACAUUUUUCAUCCAGUUCAUGGAGAAGACAGGCAAAGUGACAGGUGAGCUCAUAGACUGGGGAGAGCGAUUAUGUGGACAAGAUAAAGUGACCAUCGGAAGCAAUUUGAAAGAUACUUUAGUGAAAAAUGCCCACGAUGGACUGUCCAAGCCGCUGGCAGACUGUGACAGAUGUUCUCUGAUAUCAGGAGAAUGUCUCUACUACCAUUAUGGCUGUGAUGGGCAGGAUGACAGAGGUUGGGGUUGUGGAUACAGGACUGUUCAGACCAUAUGCUCAUGGUUGUUCAGUGGAUCUCAGUCUGGAACCAGACCUCCCCCAAGUCUAGCAGAAAUCCAGCAAGCUCUGGUCACAGUAGGAGAUAAACCAUCUUCCCUCUUGGGCUCCAGAGAAUGGAUAGGAACCUAUGAAGCUGCUCUGGUGCUCGACCAACUUUAUGAUGUUCCUUGCCGUAUCUCACAUGUGCGGAGUGGUGGGUCAGAGCUUGAGCAGGCCGCAGAGGAACUUCACCAUCAUUUCCUCACCCGUGGGUCUCCUGUAAUGAUGGGUGGGGACAGGGACAACUCCUCUAAAGGCAUUCUGGGAGUGUGCACUGGGAAACAGGGGAGCUACCUGUUAAUAAUGGACCCCCACUACUAUGGCCCUGCGCUGGAUAAAGAGUCUUUGCAGAGGCAGGGCUGGGUGGCGUGGAAGCGAGUGAGCUCUCUAGAUCAGUGCUCCUUCUAUAAUCUUUGUUUGCCACAAACAAAAAUGUAAUUUUGAUAAUUAAUGUGAUACAGUUCUGUUCUUAAUCUCUAAUUGGUUUCAGCAUAAAUAACCAAUGUCGGCUAAAGGGUGCCUUGUGUGAGUUUGUCUAAAAGCAGAGGUGGAGUGGCCUUAAUCUGCACUCAAGUGGAAGUAUUGUU